GGAAGAAAAAGGCGAAGAGGGGGGAAAUGGGUUUGAUAACGUCGGAAACGGAGAUCACCACGGCGAUUCCGGCGGCGAGGCUGUUCAAAGCAUUCGUCACCGACGGCGACACCCUCAUCCCCAAAAUCGCGCCGCAGGCGUUCAAGAGCUUCGGGAUCCUCGAAGGCGACGGCGGCCCUGGCACCAUCAAGCAAAUCCAAAUGGGCGAAGGUGCUGGACUUCAGUUUGUGAAGCACAAGAUCGAGUCACUGGACAAGGAGAGCAUGUCCAUGAGCUACACUGUGAUAGAAGGCGAUCCAAUGCUCGCGAAGGCCGAGGCGAUCGCGGUCGAGCUGAAGGUGGAGGCAGCAGCCGAUGGAGGUUCCAAAGGGGAGCACAUCACCACUGUGACUCCAAAGCCAGGAGUGGAGGUCAAGGCAGAGGAAGCCAUGGCUGGGAAAGGAAUGGCUAUGGCUGUUCUGAAUGCUGUCGAUGCUUACCUCGUUGCCAAUCCUCAAGCUUAUGCUUACAAAAAAGAAAUAAUCACCAUGGGCGUCCACGUUUACACAGAGGAGAACCCAUCCCCUGUUGCUCCAUCGAGGCUGUUCAAAGCCCUGAUUGGAGACUCUGAAACCCUCAUGCCCAAGCUCCUUCCUCAGGUCAUUAAGUCACUCGCACUCGUCGAAGGUGAUGGCGGCGUUGGCUCCAUCAGGCUCAUCGCUUUCCACGAAGGGGUGCCGAGCAAGAGCGUGAAGACAAGGGUGGAUGCCACGGAUGCGGAGAAGUUCACUCACAAGUACACGCUGCUGGAGGGAGACCUGUUGAACGAGAAGAUCGAGAGCAUUUCGUACGAGAUGGAGUUUGCCCCUGGACCCGACGGGGGAACCAUCGGGAAGAUCAAGGCCACCUACGUUACCAAGGGCGAGGGGCCGCCGACCGAGGAGGAGCGCAAGAAAGGGAAAGAAACCAGCUUGGCCAUGUUCAAGGUUGUGGAAGGUUACCUGCAGCAAAACCCAGAUGCCUACGUUUGA